UCCGAGCGCAAGAAGCUGAAAGAUCUUGUGGUGGCAGCGACUAGGAAGGAGAGGUUCGAUAGGGUGUCUAAGGAUCUGAAAGUGACAAGGGUAUUCUCUACUUUGGUGGAGGAAAUGAAGAAGAUAGGUUGUGCUCCAUCUAAGGGUGAGUCGAAAUUCUCCCACACGGUACCACCAUCGUCUCUAAGAGAUAGGAGGCCUGUGCUUCUUCUUAUGGGUGGUGGCAUGGGCGCUGGCAAGAGUACUGUCCUCAAAGACAUUUGCAAAGAGCCCUUCUGGUUGGAAGCAGAAACAAAUAGAGUGAUGGUAGAGGCAGAUGCCUUCAAAGAGACUGAUGUUAUCUACCAAGCCAUCAGCUCAAUGGGCUAUCACGACGACAUGCUUCAAACUGCUGAAUUGGUACACCAGCCAUCUACCGAUGCUGCAUCAUCGUUGCUGGUCACAGCAUUAAACGAGGGACGGGAUGUGAUCUUGGAUGGCACUCUGUCUUGGGAGCCAUACGUUAUGCAGACGAUUGAAAUGGCUCAAAACAUUCACAAGCGUCGAUAUCGAAUGGGAGUUGGGUACAAGGUAGAGAAUGGAAAAGUGACAGAGGAUUACUGGGAGGCUAUGAGUGAAGAAGAAGAGAAGGAAUUGAGGAAGGAGCAUGGAGAAAUGCAAAAUAGAAUGGCGUAUAGAAUAGAGUUGGUUGGAGUUGUUUGUGAUGCUCAUCUAGCUGUUGUUAGAGGAAUAAGGAGAGCCAUAGUGAUGGGAAGGGCUGUGAGGGUGAAUUCUCAGUUGCAAUCCCACAAGAGAUUUGCUAAUGCUUUUCCAAAAUACUCCAAAGUUGUUGAUAGUGUCAGGCUCUAUUCCACCAAUUCCACUGGCAAUCCACCUAAGUUGAUCUAUAGAAAAGAGAGCAACAAGCCGUUUGAGAUGGUUGACCCAGAGGCACGUGCGCGUUUGACAACAUUGAGUAAUUUAAACAUUGAUGCAGAAUCAGUUUAUGAGCUUUAUCCAAACUCGAGUCUAUUUUCUGAACCUGAUUCCAUUUUGAAAGAAAUGACUUCCUUUAGGCUAAGUUGUCAAAAAGAGCUUAAAUAUGUGAUUAAAAAGCUAGAAAGUUCAAGAACAAUCUCAAAUGAAUUUUUACGGUGAAAAAACUUGUAAAUUUAAUGAGUGGAUGAAGUGAAAAAAAAAAAACGUGAUAUGUGAGUA